AUGAAUCAGAAAGGGUUCCACGGCAAAUUCAGUGUUAAAACAUGCUGGAAAACGUAUAAAUGCUUGGAAUGUGGGAAGCUCUUCAAUCGGAGUAAUGCAGUAACUGUGCAUCAAAGAAUUCACACAGAGGAAAAGCCAUACCAAUGUUUGGAGUGUGGAAAGUGCUUCCCUCACUAUGGCAGCCUAACUGGACAUCAAAAGAUUCACACAUGGGAGAAGCCACAUAAAUGCUUGGACUGUGGGAAGAGCUUCCAUAGGAGUAAUACACAAAUAAUGCAUAAAAGAAUUCACACUGGGGAGAAGCCACAUAAAUGCUUGGACUGUGGGAAGAGCUUCCAUAGGAGUAAUACACAAAUAAUGCAUAAAAGAAUUCACACUGGGGAGAAGCCACAUAAAUGCUUGGACUGUGGGAAGAGCUUCCAUAGGAGUAAUACACAAAUAAUGCAUAAAAGAAUUCACACUGGGGAGAAGCCACAUAAAUGCUUGGACUGUGGGAAGAGCUUCCAUAGGAGUAAUACACAAAUAAUGCAUAAAAGAAUUCACACUGGGGAGAAGCCACAUAAAUGCUUGGACUGUGGGAAGAGCUUCCAUAGGAGUAAUACACAAAUAAUGCAUAAAAGAAUUCACACUGGGGAGAAGCCACAUAAAUGCUUGGACUGUGGGAAGAGCUUCCAUAGGAGUAAUACACAAAUAAUGCAUAAAAGAAUUCACACUGGGGAGAAGCCACAUAAAUGCUUGGACUGUGGGAAGAGCUUCCAUAGGAGUAAUACACAAAUAAUGCAUAAAAGAAUUCACACUGGGGAGAAGCCACAUAAAUGCUUGGACUGUGGGAAGAGCUUCCAUAGGAGUAAUACACAAAUAAUGCAUAAAAGAAUUCACACUGGGGAGAAGCCACAUAAAUGCUUGGACUGUGGGAAGAGCUUCCAUAGGAGUAAUACACAAAUAAUGCAUAAAAGAAUUCACACUGGGGAGAAGCCACAUAAAUGCUUGGACUGUGGGAAGAGCUUCCAUAGGAGUAAUACACAAAUAAUGCAUAAAAGAAUUCACACUGGGGAGAAGCCACAUAAAUGCUUGGACUGUGGGAAGAGCUUCCAUAGGAGUAAUACACAAAUAAUGCAUAAAAGAAUUCACACUGGGGAGAAGCCACAUAAAUGCUUGGACUGUGGGAAGAGCUUCCAUAGGAGUAAUACACAAAUAAUGCAUAAAAGAAUUCACACUGGGGAGAAGCCACAUAAAUGCUUGGACUGUGGGAAGAGCUUCCAUAGGAGUAAUACACAAAUAAUGCAUAAAAGAAUUCACACUGGGGAGAAGCCACAUAAAUGCUUGGACUGUGGGAAGAGCUUCCAUAGGAGUAAUACACAAAUAAUGCAUAAAAGAAUUCACACUGGGGAGAAGCCACAUAAAUGCUUGGACUGUGGGAAGAGCUUCCAUAGGAGUAAUACACAAAUAAUGCAUAAAAGAAUUCACACUGGGGAGAAGCCACAUAAAUGCUUGGAGUGUGGAAAGUGCUUUUCUUGGAAUGGUGAUCUAAAUAAACAUAAAAAGGUUCACACAGGGGAGAAACCCCAUACAUGCUUGGAGUGUGGAAAGUGCUUCUCUAUGAACAGCAGCCUAACUAGACAUCAAAAAGUUCAUACAGGGGGGAAGCCACAUAUAUGCUUGGAGUGUGGAAAAAGCUUUUCUCGGAAUGACCACCUAACCGCACAUCAAAAGAGUCAUGCAGAGGGAAAGCUAUAG